CAAGCACACCAGUAGUCCGACAGGUUGAUAGUAUGUAUAACAGCAGAAUGUACUCGUGAAUAUUUUUCAAUCGAAUAGGAAUACAGGAUUGUGAUCACGUGUCGUAAAUUAAUUCUGUUAAAAUUUCUUAGUGAUAAGAUUGAGGACGAGUUUAUAGAAAGUCUUUUUUCAAUCAUUUCACUAUUUCGAAGAUCUGAAAUGCCCACGUCGUAUUCCCCGCAGACAGAUCUCGUGUCCAACCUCUCCGUUCCCGCGCCGAGUCACGUGAUGAACAAACGGAUCAUUUACGCUUUCGGUGCAGCUGCCUUGGCGAUCAUCCUUUCCCUUUCAAUUGCGCUUGGCGUUGUUGCGAAUAAAGAGGACAGAAAACCCAACCACCAGGAGCUGGGAACCGCCAGAACUCAACACUCUUAUCCGCCACAAACUCAAUCGUGCCAACCACAGGUAAUAAUAUGUCCGGACUCAACAAGACCGGAACCAGAAGUGACGUCAGAAAGAGUAGCCACUACCUGUUCGGAACAGUAUGGAGCACACCCAACUGACCUACAAGUGGCCAAUUGUGUUCUAGAGAGUUACCCACUGAUUGACGGACACAAUGAUCUCGCCUAUUGGUACUACGAGACUGUUCACAAUGAGGUUUACGGUGUGGACAUGCGACAGGACCUACAGAAGCUGUUCCCAAACUCCACCAUACACACUGAUAUCCCACGGAUACGGCAGGGAAAGCUGUCUGCUCAGUUCUGGGCUGUGUAUGUCGACUGUGGAAGCCAAUACAAUGACGCUGUCAAGCUGUCCCUGGACCAGGUGGAUACAAUUAAAAAGUUCAUCAGAAAGUACCCUGACGUCUUCAAGUUUGUUACCACAGCACAGGGUAUAUUGGAUGCUUUCAACGAAAGGAAAUUCGCUAGUCUUAUGGGACUGGAAGGUGGCCAUUCCAUUGAUAGUAGUUUAGGAAAUCUGCGCAUGUUCUAUAACCUCGGAAUACGGUAUAUGACAGUAACACACAGCUGCAAUACGCCAUGGGCUGACAACUGGCACAUGGACCAAACAAACAGUUCAGAAUUCAACGGUCUUUCAGAAUUUGGCAAGGUUGUUAUAAAGGAAAUGAAUCGAUUGGGGAUGUUGGUAGAUUUGUCACACGUGGCCAAAGCUACAAUGAUUGCCGCCCUCAACGUAACAGAGGCUCCCGUUAUAUUUAGCCACAGUUCUGCCUUCAGUGUGUGCAACCAUUAUAGAAAUGUACAGGAUGACGUCCUCCACAUGGUGAAAAAGAAUGGAGGGAUUGUAAUGGUUAAUUUCUACCCACGUUUUGUGAAUUGCGAGCCUCAUUAUAACCCCAAUGUUCUGGCGACAGUUCAACAAGUAGCAAAUCACGUGGAUCACAUAAAGAAUCUGAUUGGUGUAGACCACCUCGGUAUUGGGGGCGACUACGAUGGAAUCCCAACCACACCGGUUGGCCUGGAGGACGUGUCCAAAUAUCCGAAUCUGUUUGCUGAACUAGUACACAGAGGGUGGACAACAGACGAUCUUGAAAAAUUGGCGGGAAGAAAUCUCAUAAGAGUUUUCAGAAUGGCUGAAAAGGUUCGUGAUCGAUUGUCCUAUCUUCCACCUUAUGAGGCCGCUCUCCCGGUUGCACAGAGGAGAGGCAAUUGUUCUACACUUAUUGAAUAGCAACGCGAAAACAGCAGUGACAAAUGCCGGGCAUGAUUAUUCCUGACACGGUUCAAAACAGCAUGCGAUUUUUGAAUAAUUCUGUAUCAUGUAUCUACAUCAUUCCUCAUUCUAGUUUCCCUUGGAGAUUAACAGCGUACCGAAACAUAACAUAAACGCAUAUCAAGUAUGUAAACAAUGCAUUAAAUGGAUUGCUGGAUACUUAA